AUGCGCUGGGGUUGCAGAACGGGUAGCGUCGACACCAUUCGCCUUACCGUAAAGUACGGCGCCGACGUGAAUAUCGUUGGCGAUGAGAAUCUCACCGGAGCCAAGAUUCUCACGCUGUCUUUAGCAGCCAAGCAUCGCCGCGCAGAUGCUUUCGAGUGCCUUCUCAGGCUCGGAUCUUGGUUUCACGAUGUCGACCUCCCUCCUGAUAUCCGUGCCCAGCAAGCCUCACAUUUGGUCACACACGUCUGCAAGUGCGCCGCUUCCAACAAUCAAUCAGAGAGGGAUGUUGUUCGGAUCUUCUACGAUUGGGCCCUUGACUGGCAGGUUAAGAGAUGCGGUCACGGCCCGGAUGUCUACUGGCCUCUAGUCAAGCUCAUCGCAUCUGGGGUGUCUGUUGACGUGGUGCGCCUGCUCCUUGAUCGCGGAGCCGACGUAAACAGGCUCGACUCAUAUAAGCACAUCACGUUUCUAUCUCCUCUUUCUGCUGCCAUCUUUGCCAACUCUGCAGAUGUCUUCCGACUACUGAUCUCACGGGGCGCGAAUAUACACGGUACUCCAUUGUCAAAGCCGACCUUCGGGUGUCUCCACGUACCUGUGUUUGCUGCUGCUCACAUGAUAGCGACAUCUGAGCACGGCAUUGAGAUGAUGCGUCUGUGUCUCGAUAAUGGAGCCGAUAUCAACCAGACCGUACUCCUUGUUGGGCUGCCUUCUGGAAUUGUGUACGAACACAGCCGAUGGAACUGCGACAGGUACCCACAGUCUUACCUCGGAACACCUAUCUGGGUAUUCCUGGACUCUAUCACUUCAUGGUCCGAGGAUAGUGUGCCUGAUCUUAUCGAAGCAUUGGAUUUCUUGCAUGAACAGAAAGCUUCCACCGCCACUCCGGCGGUGGGCUUCCCCCAUUACUAUGAAGGCCCAAUAUACCCACAAUUCCUCCAACCCGUCAAGCUUCUCGAGAUGCUUUUGAAUAAAUGGUACGUCAGAAUACUGCGUCUUCCUCGUGGACUCGAAGUGAUUGCAACACUGAUCAAUCAUGGCGCGGCUGAGGACACGACGUGGUUUCUAGUCCGAUACUCGCUCCGUUCCCCGUGGCCUUUUCUCGGCUCUAAGAGACUUGAUAGAGAGCAGGUGUGGGAGGGUCUGGCGAAGCUGGCAGAGACAUUCAUCACAAAUCUUCCGCCUGACCAGCUCAAUAAGGUUUUAUGUGGCUAUAUCAACGAACUGUGGUUGGAGAACAGAAGAGUCAUAAGACUCAACGAGGCGGUCAUCGGUUUCAUGCUAGCAGCUGGUGCCAACAUCAAUGCAAGAUUCGGAGCGCUUGGAAUGGAAGCUCCUGGUGGGAAGACUAUCCUCCAAAUGAUAUGCGCAGAACUCAACACACCUGUGCCGGGCAGAGGACUGCGCCCACAUUCAACGAAUGGCCUCUUGCGGUUCCUCAUCAGUCGGGAAGCCGAUCCCCACCUCUUGUUCCAGGGCAAGACCUGUUUCGACAUUUUGCUAGAGGAUCUAGGUCGAUACCACAUUGACACACAGGAGGAACUGAUUGCAUGGACGCGCAUUCUUAUGGGUGAUCGGGGGGUGAUCCCUCGCGGAACUUCUCAUUGGCUGGAAGGGCCGUGA